GCUUCGGAUGGUAUGUCAUAAUAAUUUGGCACCGCACCGUUUGGACGAGUAGCAAAGCAAGCAGAAGCAUCUUUUUGUGCAGCAGAUUGCCUUCUAGUCUUCGGUGUGUGUUUUUCUCUAGUUAGUGUGUCUAUCUUGCAGAGCUAAUUAGGCUCUCGGUUUGCAGUGGAAAAUAGCCGGAAAACGCGACUAAUUGCUGUGGAUUACAAGUGCAUUCGUGAAGGAACCGAAACUGAUGGAUUUUCACAACUAAAGGCAAAUGUACUCCAAUAUUGAACGACGAUAACCAGACUGUUUCCACAUUAAAGCGUAAGCAAACUCUUUCGAGUUGCUCUAGUCCGCAUCGGGAGCGCGCGCGAAAGAGUACGUAAGCACGGUAAGAGCUGUAAACCUCCCGAACAGUGGAAUAAAAUCACGCGGCCGACGACAAGACUCGAGGAAGCGUUGUUUCGCAAAAUGCCGAACAUCAUUCAAGAUCAUCCCAUCGGUAAACAGAAAAGGCUGGCGAAGAAAUUUACCAAGUUUCAAGUGCUGAGCAUUAUCAAACAAUUCACGAUGGACAAGAUGAAGGAAUCGGCUGCCGGUGAAAGCGGUGUUGGCGGAGGUGGAGGCACAGUUGGCACCAUGGGUAGCGACGAAUUUCACAGCGAAUUUUACAACACUGGGCGCAUAGGGCGACGGAACGCACUACCAGACAUUCUAGGGUCGCACUGCACCACGACGACAGCAGACCUGCCGACGCAGAUGGGAGCACUGAGUACCUCGGAUUGCUCCAACAAACCCGUUAACGCGUCAUCUGCGGUCAGCACUAACAACAUGAUGGCCAAUACCCCAACGACAUCGACCACCGGAAGUGGAUCCUAAAAGUAGCUCUCCAUCUAUAAUGUAUAC